GGGCGCGGCGGGGACGACCCAGUGCCGGCGCCGUGCGGGCGACACGCGCGUCUCUGCGGGCUGCGCGGGGUCCGCGGAGCGGCUGGGGGCGCGCGGCGCGGGCGCGGCGCUGGGCGCGGGGGGCGCUCCCGGCCGGGAUGAGCUCACCGCAGUCGCGCCGGGGCUGAGCCGAGCGGGCGGCGGCUCCGCGGCGGGCCGCGGCCACCAUGCUGGGCCUGGACGCGUGCGAGCUGGGGGCGCAGCUGCUGGAGCUGCUCCGGCUGGCGCUGUGCGCCCGAGUCCUCCUGGCUGACAAGGAAGGUGGGCCAACCCCAGGAGAGGAGGUGCUGGAUGAAGCCCUGCCGGAGUACCAGGCACCAGGAAAGAAGAGCAUGCUGGAAAUCUGGGAGCUGGACCCAGAGGAUGAGAGUCUGGCCAAGUACAAGCAGGCACUGCUGGGGACUCUGCCACCUGCAGUGGACCCCAGCCUGCCCAACGUGCAGGUGACCAGGCUGACGCUGAUAUCUGAGCAGGCUCCAGGGCCCAUCACCAUGGACCUCACAGGGGACCUGGCUGCAGUGAAAAACCAGGUGUUUGUCCUAAAGGAAGGCGUUGAUUACAAAGUGAAGAUCACCUUCAAGGUCAACAAGGAGAUCGUCAGUGGCCUGAAGUGUCUGCAUCACACCUACCGCCGGGGCCUGCGCGUGGAUAAGGCUGUCUACAUGGUGGGCAGCUACGGCCCCAGGGCCCAGGAGUACGAAUUUGUGACGCCGGUGGAGGAGGCACCGAGGGGCAUGCUGGUUCGGGGCCCCUAUGUCGUCAGGUCCCUCUUCACUGAUGAUGACAGGACGGACCACCUGUCCUGGGAGUGGGGCCUCCACGUCGGCCAGGACUGGAAGGACUGAAGCCCGCUUGGGGCCCAUGUCCCCCACCUCUGUCAGUUGCUGCACAGGGACUCCCAAGCAUUCCCCAGACCCCCAGCCAGUGACCAGACCCCCACCUGCUCUGUCCUGCCCUCUCGCCUGGCACCCUGACAGUCCCAUUAAAUAUCACCCUGUCU